GAUCAUUCUGCGACAACUACAACCUAAACAGAAACGACUACCAUGCGACCGACAUUCUCACGACAGUUAUCCUUCUUUAGAUAACAGUUAAGAGAGUGUGACAACGUUGAGGGAGAAUGUUGCAGCCAGAACUGGUCCGACUUCUGACAGAGGGAGAGGUUUUAGUAAAAAGCUGUGAUGAAGACUGUGUGACAGUAGACACACGGAGGAAGGGGGAGGAGGGAAACCCGUUUAACUUCAGCCCGCAGCUCAUCCACUUGCACAAGGACCACGAACUGUUGGAGGAUGGAGACGUUCACAGACACAUGUAUCUACAAGACCUUUACAUCUCAGAGGCAGAGGACAAGCCCACGAUGAGUGUGUCCGAGUUUGCCUGUCACAUCUCUGGAUGCAGUGCUGUCCAUAGCACUUUGGAGGAGUAUGAGCAUCACUACAACUCCCUGCACAGACACGUGUGCUGCUCCUGUCGUCGCUCCCUGCCAACUGCUCGCCUACUAGAUAUUCACAUUCAGGAGUGGCACGACUCUCUCUUCACAAUCCUCGCACAGAGGCAAGAUAUGUACCAGUGUUUGGUGGAGGGCUGUGGACAGAAAUUCAGGACUAGUAAACACAGGAAGGAUCACCUUAUAAGAGUUCACGCGUACCCUCCAGACUUCAGAUUUGACAAAACCAAAAAAGACAAAGGAGCUCGAGAGACAAAGCAACAGCAGCAGAAAGACACAACAAUGGAGGUAGUGGACGAUGUGUGUGAGUCUGAGGGUGUGUGUGAGGUUAUGUGUGAUGUGGCAUCUGACCAACAAGAGCAAGGGGAAUCCAUGGAGACGCAUGUGUCCGAGGAAGAAGCUUCUCAAAUGGCAAAAUCUGCGUCUGCCGAGGAGCAUGCAGAUUAUUCGGCUGCAGUUCACAGCACUGCGAACACAAGCGCAGACCCCCAGAAACCACGAUACUCCUACAGGGUCCCAACAAAUGUGUGCUUCGGUCACGGCUCUGUCCGUGGCUUCAGAGGACGGCGUGGAAGGAGGAAAUGAAACAAUGAAGUUGUGUUACUUGUACUAAAUAUAUACUUUUACUGUCAAAUGUGUCCUUAACUUAAAAUAAAAUGGGGUUUUUUGCACAAUAUUA